AUGGUCGAGAAUAGCGAUGGCAUGCUACGGAUAUUCUGGCCGAGCAGCCUUACUCGGACAACCACACCCGGUGUAAUAGUGGGAUGGAGGAACUCGGAAUACGAUUUGUUUGUCAUAACCGUUCUUGAAGAUGUUGAAGUCCGCAGCGUCGAAUCUGCUCUUCGCAUGGGCACUCUUUUUCGCAAUAGUCCAUAUCCAGUGGCCCGGAUCUUUCAGCUUUGCGACCAGCCUCAUAUGCACGUCUUAGGUACCCUCAAUCAUCCAGAUCCACCAGAGACGUUUGAUCCUGCCAGAAUUUGCGCCUUCACUAUUCCGGGUUCUCGCAGACCUUCUAUCUACUGCCCACCAGGCGCAGACUUGACCGUCCAAGUUGUCCUUUUCGACCCCCCCAAUCCCACCCAAAUGCAGUACAUGUCCCUCGAGCCAAUAUCGCUUGCUUUGGGAAGGGAAUACUUGGUCGCCGGGGUACCCGACUCUACACUGGACGAGAAUGGGAUGCAGGGGGACAAAGAGCGGGAAAAGAUCGCUGAGCUAGUGGCAAAGCUGCGUUUCCACACUGUGGUCAGACAUGUCCCAACGAAGAAAGAGUUGGCAUUGCCUGCAAUCCUUCGCCAGAUCAAUUGCUCGCAGGAAGUUGCAGAGCUACUCCAGAAGAACACGCCUCUUGUCGGUCCGCGGAGAAAAAGGAGCCUCUCUGUGAGCGAACGAGUCGUCGAAUCUGCACAAUCACUCUAUGCGUUUGCGGCAUGGUCGCUCUGGACACUGUUUAUGGCGUACGCCUUUCCUCUGGUGUUGUCCGUCUUCAAAAUCGCGAUCAUUGGACACAGGAUCGUCGCUGAAGGCCUUUUACAACUUCUAGAGCUGCCCCUACCCUUCCGAAGACUACAAUCUGCAGAAAACCGCCGGGCUGUCAAAGGAACCCUCGCACUCAAGGAUGUCUCGGCCUGUUGUCAGCAAGUGCAUCUCCGCCUUCAACAGUUCUCCUACUAUCCGACACAGUAUUCCCUACUUCGACGUCGCAAAGCAACUUGGUCGUCCUUUCCAACAACAAACAGCGAUUACAUCCGCUUUUAUAAUUCGCUGUGGCUGGUAGCAAACGAUGUCAUCAUCGGAAUUGCACUGGGAAGCUUCAUUAGCGACAAUGCGCAAGCUACAUCUCAGCUCAUUGGUGGAAUCUUGGAUGAUUAUACGAUUGAAGGUCUCAAGCGCAUGAUCAGGUGGCUCAUGUCAUAUCCAGGUGGUCUCAAAUUGAACACGGAGCUUGCUGCGUUUCUCGGCGACCUCUUCUUGUGGGUCAUAGAGUAUUGGGCCUCGACCAUAGUCGUGCUCAUUGUUCCACGAUUACCCACCGUCGUGUAUUUUGUCGGAUGCUCCUCUUUUGCUGGGGCCACCAUGCCUAUCGCCAUUUUCUCCGACCUCCUGAGCCUGCUCACCAUGCACAUUUACUCCUUUUACGUCGCAAGUGCACGCAUCUUCAACUGGCAGUUGACAAUCAUCGUCAGCCUCUUUCACCUAUUCCGUGGCAAGAAGCGGAACGUGCUUCGCAACCGGAUCGACAACUGCGACUACGAUCUUGAUCAGCUGUUGCUGGGUACGAUAUUGUUCACUCUGCUGUUCUUCCUCCUGCCGACUGUGGUGGUCUUCUACCUGACCUUUGCUUCGGCUCGCAUGGCGAUCAUUUCGCUGAAAGCGACGCUGGACACCUGCCUCGCGUGUCUCAACCACUUCCCCUUGUUUGCGUUGAUGCUUAGGAUCAAGGACAGUAAGAGGUUGCCCGGGGGAAUUCAUUUUCAGCUAUUGGAUGCCGAGCAGACAAGAGUCCCUUACCAGGAAGAAACGGAGCAAGGAGACGAUCAUGAUGACAGCGCUGGCGACGCUGAAGAGGAAAAUGAGGAAGAAGGAGACGGCGGGAUGACCAGCAUGGCUUACAUUCGUCUAUCCUCUACCCCGUUAUCACUACGCCAGAUCUUUGAACAGUAUUUCCAGCUCUGGGCACGCAUCCGUCAACACUAUCUUUCGCCCACGGUCGUGUUUCGACUCCUCACAGGACGAUUCGUACCGCCUCUAGGUCGGAGCCAAAUGUACGGGCUACAGUAUUCGGUGCUUCCGAGACAACGGGCGACAAUAGCAGAGGUCUGGAAAAGUCUGAGCGAGAAUGAAUUGCCAAACACAACCCAUGGAACGCCUGCAAAUCCACGAGGUCAAAAAGUUUAUCUUGGGGCUCAUGGACGAGCCAUAGGGAAGCAAUGGAAAUAG